UCUCAAAGUGAAGCAGUUCAUGAACAUCUUCUCCAUCCCAGAGAUGACCCUCCUGUGUGUGGCCAAUGAUUUCUUCAUCUCCAACGACAUUGAGUACGAUCCUGAGCACCUCAUCAAAGAUGUCUCAGAAGCCAUUGGAAUGGUUCACAUCAAAGGUUACAUGUACAAAUGGAUCAUGCAAGAUCUGGAGAAGUACAUUCUGCGAGGGGACGAGCCUUAUGCUUUUCUGCAAUGCCUGAUCAGCCACGGGAAGAAAGUGUUCCUCAUGGGGAUGAAGACCCAGGGUCAUAUGUUGGUUUGGAUGACAUAUUGAUUUGAUGGUAAAUUGACCAUAAUUAGGAUAGAUCAUUAAAGAGGAUGAGUAAUUAUCCUAAUGCCAACCACGU